GGGCUAAAAUAUCAAAAGAAAUAAGGGGUGGAGCUCACCUUUAUCUAUGUUGCAAUCAUCAAAAGUAUUUAAAGGAUUAAAUUGAAUUUAUCCCUGCCGAAUUUCCCUCAGUAGUACAGGUAUAAGAGAUAAUUGCAAAAUAAGUAGAAACUCAUUCCUAGAUCUUCUCUCAAGGAAGUAACUACCAAUUUUCUCCAUUCCAAGUUCUUCUUUUCUCAAUUCACCAAAAAUUUUCCAGUCCAGUUAGUACGAGACUAAAAAAAAAAAACAAAAACAUUAACAAAUUGAAAAAACAAAUUUAAAAAAAAAUAACUAAAAAGUGUUUCUAUUUUUUCCUUGAAUAAUCAAUUACAAAAUAUUAUAAAAUUAGAAAUACAAAAUAAAAGUGACAAUAUGAAUGUUUUUGGAUUAAUUCAAAUGUUGACAUUGCAUUUAAUUCUUGUGGCAGCUGUUGUGAAACCAAGUGGAAUUUAUGUUGACAAUGGAUAUGAUAAAACGGUAUUUCAAGAAAUUACAAACGAAGGACAUCGAAAAUAUCUUCGCGAGGAAAUUCUCAACGUUCUUGAUAUUCCAAUUGACACUGAAAUGCAUCAACAACAAGAAAAAUUACCAACUGCUGCAUCAAGUUUUCUAAUGGAUAUUUAUCAUUUAACAAAUGAUGAUAAACAAUCAAAAAUGUUACGCGAUCAAGAAUUAAAAAAAUUACAAUAUUUCGAUGUCAAUGAUGUGGGAAUGAAUAGCAUAAUUGAGAGUGAUCUCAUUACAACAUUGGCUGCAAGAAAUAGUAAAAAACCAAAUUUUCAAAAAACUGAUAAAGUCAAACGUUUGUGGUUUAAUGUUUCACGAAUAUCCACUGAUGAUACAAUUACACGAGGUGAACUAAAAUUAUUUCGAACAAUUGACAAUGUGUCAAAGAAAAAUAGAGGAAUGGCAAUAAUUCGCGUUUAUCGAAUUGCAAGUGAUAGGGACAAUAAUGGUAAUCGUGAUAUGAUUUUUGUUGAUUCUGUAAAUACAACUGAGAGUGAUGGCUGGGUAACAUUAAAUGUUACCGAAUCACUUCAUUUUUGGCUUCGUGGAUUGGAUAUUAAUCGAGGACUUUAUUUAGAGGCAUAUUCACAUGGUGGUGAGGAAAAUAUUCGACCAGAAGCCAUUGGUAUUGUGGGUUUUAAAGGUGUACCAGAGAAACGACCAUUUCUUGUUGUUUAUGGAAAUAGAAAUACAGCAAGACGAAGACGUGGAUUGGAUUAUUUUCAUUCAAGUAUGAGAAAAUCAUUUCAAUCAAUUGCAAUGGCACCACGAUUACCAAUGUCGUGUCGUAAGGAAACAUUGUACGUUAGUUUUAGAGAUUUAAGUUUGGACAAUAUAAUAAUUGCACCAAAAGGCUAUGAUGCAUUCUAUUGUAAUGGACCAUGUAAUUAUCCAUUGAAUUUUAAUAUGAACGCCACAAAUCAUGCGAUUAUUCAAUCAUUUAUUAAUUUAAAAUAUCCUGAUCGUGCUCCAAAACCGUGUUGUGCUCCAAGUAAAACGUCAACGAUUCAUGUGAUUUUUCGAACUAGUGAAGAUACAUUAGUUAUUAAAAAACGUGAAGAUAUGACUGUCGAUAGUUGUGGGUGUCUUUGAAAUAUUUUUUUAUUUUUUAAACUAUUUGACAAACAAUUUUAAAAAAAUGAUUAUGUAAAUAUUAAAAUUUUUAUUUUUUUAUAUUUAAUUUAAAUUCCUGUAAAGUUUAUGUAAAUUAUUAUUUAUUUUUUCAUGUUAUUAAAAAAUGAAACAAAAGAAACUGUAAAUAUUCGUGAGAAAUGUAUAAAUAAAUUUUGUUUAAAAUUUUUAA